UUGAAAGCUGUAGGUGCUCUCAGCGGACCUGUCUGCGUUCAAGUCCUCCCAGCAGGUUUGGUUAGUGUUGAUGUGGAGCCACACCGCUGCUGAAAGGAGACAGAGAGGAUAGUGAGAAACGGUACUAGCAGUCUAGCUUGCUACAUCGCCUGCUUUGCUCAUUGUGCAGUGUAGUGUCAUACAGGCCUGUUUAGUUUAGAAACACUGUUUUGGCCUCAGAGAGCUCAGUUCCAUCCCCUGACUGAUGGACGUCUUCAACUACGUGUGUGUUGUGCUUCUUUGCACCACCAUGGUGCACGGCAAGCCGACGUUAAGAAAGGAAAGAGUCAUUCAUGACUCAGACCUGAGCAAGCGAACCGAGGAAGACAAUAAAAGCUUCCAAUACGACCAUGAGGCCUUUCUUGGGAAAGAGGAGGCCAAAACAUUUGAUCAGCUCACCCCCGAGGAGAGCAAGGACAGGCUUAGUAAAAUAGUGGACCGGAUAGACAGCAAUUCAGAUGGCUACAUCAACACCGCCGAACUAAAGGCCUGGAUAAAGCGUGUACAGAAGCGUUACGUCUAUGAGAAUGUGGCAAAAGUGUGGACAGAUUACGACCUGAACAAAGACAACAAGAUUUCAUGGGACGAGUACAAACAAGCCACAUACGGAUACUACCUCGCCAACCCGGAGGAGUUUGAUGAUGCAACAGAUCAGUUCAGCUUCAGGAAGAUGCUUCCUCGUGACGAGAGAAGGUUCAAAACAGCUGAUCUGAAUGGGGAUUUGGCAGCAGACAGAGAAGAGUUCACAUCAUUCCUCCACCCAGAGGAGUUUGACCACAUGAAGGAUAUUGUGGUUCAGGAAACCCUGGAGGACAUUGACAAGAAUGGCGACGGGGAUGUGGAUGAGGAUGAAUAUAUUGCUGACAUGUUUGCACAUGAGGAUGGAGGUCCAGAGCCAGACUGGGUGAAGACUGAGAGAGAACAGUUCUCUGACUUCCGAGACUUGAACAAAGACGGUAAAAUGGACCAGGAUGAGAUUCGCCACUGGAUUAUGCCCCAAGACUACGACCAUGCCCAGGCCGAGGCCAGGCAUCUGGUUUAUGAGUCUGACCAGGACAAGGACCAGAUGCUGACCAGAGACGAGAUCCUUGAGAACUGGAACAUGUUUGUGGGAAGUCAGGCCACCAACUAUGGAGAGGACCUCACCAGGAACCAUGAUGAGCUCUAAGCUCGUAGUGCAGCUUUUGACGUGUGUGUGUGUGUGUGUGUGUGUGAGAGGAGGGUUGUUGAACACCUUUUGUCUUCUAUGACAGAAUCACAGACUCUUGCAUCUCCGCCCACCACCACUACCACCACUCCAUCCUUCCUCAUAAUAGUUGGACAGAUGUCAGUGCGUUGGAUUUUAAACCAACACAGUAGAUAUCAAAGUACAGGAGGGAUGAGGGUUGGUCCUACCACUAACACUAAGAGUCCAUAUCGAUGGUUCUGUUUCUGACAUUCAGAAGUAAAGCCAUUGGCAGGGGACUUACUUUCCAUCGAUGGUGCCUUCCAGCCGAAUCGGCAACUCCACUGCCUCAGAGAUCUGUGUAGAUAGUCUUUUAAUGAAACCUCUCAAUGCUGAAUGCUGAGGUUUACAUAAACUGUCCAAUACAGGAACAGUUUUUGAUAGCAAUGUUAAUGUGAAGCUACCGCUCAGAAGAUUUAUUCUGAUUUUAUUUAUUUAUCAAUUAAAAUCUGAACUUUAGGUCUGGGAGGAAUACAGUGUUAAGUUAGACAUCUUGUUUUUAACUGAAGACACAAAUGAUGUUUCUUCGUUUACAGUUUUCCUGGCCAAAUUAUUUUAAUGAUGUUUUUGAAUUAGUUACAUGCUUUAAGAACUGUUGACAAACUGAUGUUUAAUGACAUGGUCUUUGCACGUGUUUGGUUUUAGUAUAGCCUGUGAAAGAUUUUUUUUCAUUGUACUUAGUUUGAAAUGUAUUUAUUGGUAUACCUGAAGCCAACAGUAUGCUCUGUGUUAAAGUUUUACUGUCCUUUGCUUAAUCUGAGCUGUACCCUUUUAAAGUUGUCAACAUGUGGGUUUGGUUUGGAGAAUACUCCUAAAUACAUGAGAAAUAUGUAGAAAAGUUUCCUUUCCUCACCUCUCUCAUAACUCCUUGCUUCCUAUUACAUCACUCCCUAUUACAUCACUCAACGGUCAUCUGCUAUCAUCAGAUGCACCAUUUUUUUCCUCCACCAUAUUUGGCAUUGUAUAUAUCAGCCAAGUGGGGUUUUUUUUGAACAUACAACUCAUU